GCGCGAGCACGUCGUGACCCGGCGGUGCGCCGGGGCGAGAGGCGGGGCGGGGGCGCGGUCUCGCCUACACAAAUAGGGCUGGAGGGGCGGGGCGGCCAAAAUUUCGCGCCAAGCUGGCUGAACGUGCCCGGUCGGGGUCCACGGCUAGCUAGAAACUGUUUCUUGCCGCUGUCAUGGUUCGUCCGCUAAACUGCAUCGUCGCUGUGUCCCAGAACAUGGGCAUCGGCAAGAACGGGAACCUACCCUGGCCACCGCUCAGGAAUGAAUUCCAGUAUUUCCAAAGCAUGACUACAGGCUCUUCAGUAGAAGGUAAACAGAAUUUGGUGAUUAUGGGUAGGAAGACCUGGUUCUCCAUUCCAGAGAAGAAUCGACCUUUAAAGGACAGAAUUAAUAUAGUUCUCAGUAGAGAACUCAAGGAACCUCCAAAGGGAGCUCAUUUUCUUGCCAAAAGUCUGGAUGAUGCCUUAGAACUUAUUGAAGAUCCAGAAUUAACAAAUAAAGUAGACGUGGUUUGGAUAGUGGGAGGCAGUUCUGUUUAUAAGGAAGCCAUGAACAAGCCAGGCCAUGUUAGACUAUUUGUGACAAGGAUCAUGCAAGAAUUUGAAAGUGAUACGUUUUUCCCAGAAAUUGAUUUUGAAAAAUAUAAACUUCUUCCAGAAUAUCCAGGUGUUCCUUUGGAUGUCCAGGAGGAAAAAGGCAUUAAGUACAAAUUUGAAGUAUAUGAAAAGAACAAUUAAUGUGAAAAUGUUUUCCAAUCUAUUUUACAAUGUUGUGUUAGUUUCUGCUGUAGAACAAAGUGAAUGAGCUAUAUAUAUAUAUCCCAUUUUUUGGAUUUCCUUACCUUAGAUCACCACAGACCAUUGAGUAAAGUUCCCUGUGCUAUAUAGUAGGUUCUCAUGAGUUAUCUGUUUUUUCCAUAGUUGUAUAUUCCCCAUUAAUCUUAACUAGACUAUGUCAGAUACCAUUUGUAAAACAUUUCUUGCUAUAACUGUCUGAAUUCCCAUUAAGGGCCAGGAAUAGGUUACCAGCACCACCUAGGGUAGAAUAUAUCUAUCAAGAUAGCCGAAAGUAGGAGAGUCCCCUGGUGGCAAGAAACCAGAGCCUGUAGAGCUGGGGGGUAAGUUCAAAUGUCAGAAAUGGACAAUAAACAGGAAAACUAGCAUUCCGUUAUUAAAUUAGAUCAAAAGAGGGACUAAGAAUUACUCCAUAUAGAUCACACUACUGAAAAAAAUUCUGUUCACACAGACCAUUCCACAAGGAUAGUGAUGAACAGGUACAAGACUACCUUUUGAUGGUUAAGAGAACGUCUGAGACCUUUAAAAACUUUGUUUCUGACCUUCAGUGAGAUUUCACAAGAUGUUACAAUGAUUGAACAAGAAUUGGCUGCUCUUUACAAGAAAGGAUAAUCUAAAAUCACACAUAAUGGCUAAAAUUUUAAAAGGUAAUAAAUUGAGAAUAAAUAUUGCUAGAAACCAAAAUUAGUAAGUUAUAAAUUAAACAUCACAGAAUUAAAAAAUAAACCAUGUUUUACCUGUCUUAUUAGCGAAGAUUUAGAUUACUUAUAUAAAAAAAAUAGCAUUUUCUGCCUUAUAAAUUGGUACAAAUUUUUUAGUGUGUAAGUUAGCAAUAUCAAUUAAAAUUCAAAAUAUUCUGGGUUUGGACCCAGAGUUUCCACUUCUAAAAAUUAUUCCUGAACAAAGAGAUGGAUCCAAGAAUAUUUGUUGCAAAAUUUUGUUUUAAACUUGGAAAGAACCCAAAUGUUGAUUAAUAAGAACUAUUUAAUAUGUCUAUAAAAUGUAACAUCUGCAGCAGUAAGAAAAGGAUGACUGAAAAAUGCCAAAAACUGCUAAGAAGCAACUUAUGUAUCAACUCAAAAUGUCUAAUCAAUGUUAAUGUGUGGGGAAAGCAUGCAGCAAGCUAUUGACAGUACCAGUUUGGAGUGUUAUUUUCUGCAUUAGGUAUGUCUGUUGUGAUUAGACUUUUUGAAGUAUUAUGUGCUUAUUUUUAUUACAAAAAUGACUUAAUAAAUAGAGCCCUUUAUGUUUAGCAGUAAAAUUAGGAUACAGGCCAUCAGAAGUAAAAAGAAAUGUCCUAAAAUCUUCUUAGAGGGAAAAGACAGAUCACACAGAAAAAUAGGAACCAAUACUGAGGAAGACUUAAAAACCACAAGAAAACAGUGGUACUCUCUGCAAGGAACAUAACCAGAAAACUAUUAGUAUCCAGAGUUUAUAGAUGUUAGAUACUGACACGAAAAAGAAGGAAGCCAAUUAGAGAAGAGGAAACUCAAAUGACCAAAAUGUCCCUGCCUAAUUGGAGAAAUGCAAAUUAAAGCUACAGCAGGGUACCAUCCACACACAUAGAUGUGGCGUUCUCACUGAUGCCAAUUGAUUUGAUAGAUGAUAUCCGAAAGCAUCAGUUGGUACAUGGAAAAGUAAAACCGGGAAGGUAAGAAGGCCAGUUCAAGGUCAGCGAGCAGGUUCCAAUUGGGUUACAAACUCAAUACUGCUGAAAUACCUGGGAAAUGGAGGGGAGGAAAGCUGGAGUAUUUAUCCCCCACUCAUUGAUGGGGGCUACUCCCAGGGUUGUCAACCCCCUGACCUAUGUAUGACUGAACACACCAACGACUAGACAGAGUCCUAGAUGUUUGCAGUAAGAGGCCGCUGACAUGCUCAGUUCAGUUCAGUCGCUCAUUCGUGUCCAACUCUUUGUGACCCCAUGGACUGCAGCACGCCAGGCCUCCCUGUCCAUCACCAGCUCCCGGACUUUACUUAAACUCAUGUCCAUUGCGUCAGUGAUGCCAUCCAACCAUCUCAUCCUGUCAUCCCCUUCUCCUCCCGCCUUCAAUCUUUCCCAGCAUCAGGGUCUUUUCCAAUGAGUCAGUUCUUCACACCAGGUGGCCAAAGCAUGACACACUCAGGACCAGCAAACGUAAACACUUAAAACAAUUCCAUGUUUAUGACUAUGUACAAUUUCAUACUUUAUAUAGUAAAAAGUAUAAAGGUAUGGAUAGUUAAAGUUUUUUACAAUUUUAAAAUACAUGGAAGCAUGAAGACCAGUUAAUUACAGGUUCAGGAGAGGAAUGAUGGUAAUUCAGACUAGAGAAUCAGGUGCAGUAAAAUAUUUGAUUCAGGAUAGAUUAAAAGUUGGAGGUAACAGGAUUUUCUGGUGGCAUUGGAUUAUGGCUGUGGACCUACUGAAUUUGAAAUACCUGUAAGGAAGGAAAAAGGGAAUGAAAGAAAAACUGAAAUAAUAGAACCAUGCUGUUAAAAUUCUAAGAAAUUAUUUUUAACUGAUAAAUCUGUGCUAAGUCAUUUCUAUCGUAUAUUCAAUCUUAUAAUAAAUUCUAUGUGGCAUCCACA